AUGGGAUCUGGGAGUAACAAUAGCAAUGCCCUAAUUAUAGUCACCGCCGUCUUCCUAGGGACGUCGCUGGUGGCGGUUGGUCUACGAUGUUUUGUUCGAUUGAGUAUUGUGCGCGCCUUCGGGCACGAUGAUGCAUUGAUGGUCAUGGCGAUGGUGUGCAGUCUCGCAUUCAUCUUCUCCUGGAUUCGCGCUGACAGCUAUUCGAGCUUUUCAAUGUGGCAUUCGCCGUUUGACCGACCCGAGGACAUCCGUCGCGGAUACUUGUUUUGGUGGCUUGGCCAGAUUCUGUAUGUCACCACCGUGACGAUCGGCCGACUAUCAAUUACCAUCAGUUUACUUCGUCUAACCGUCGAGCGCAUCCAUAUUUGGAUUCUCUAUGCAGUGAUGGCGCUGUCCACGACGGUGGGGAUUGUCCUUUUUUUCGUGGCGAUGUUCCAAUGCCAGCCAGUCUCCUAUUAUUGGGAUCGCCUGUCGAUCGAAGGACACUGCCUGGAUAUGGACUUGCUCCUCGGCAUUGUAUACAUGUACAGUGCGGUGGCGGCAACCUGUGAUUUCAUUAUCGGCAUCCUUCCAGUGCUCCUCAUCUGGAGGCUUCAAAUGGAUCGUCGGACGAAAACCGCCGUGGCGGGGAUCUUAGGGAUUGCUUGCAUAGCGAGCGCUGCUGUGAUCGCCCGCGUCCCGUAUCUCGGUUCGGCCAAGAGUCCAGACUUUCUCCACGCAACCACACAAAUCUCCAUCUGCUCCAACGUCGAAGCUGGCCUGGGCAUCACCGCUGGCAGUCUGGCGACUGUGCGGCCGAUCAUCCGCCUGUGGUCGAGGAUGACUUUCGCUAUUCCCAGCAACCAUAGCUUGACCGCUUCAUGUCCAAUCUCUGGCAAACGUCGUGGUACUGCCGAUUGUCGAGAUGAUGCCAACAGCCAUUCCACCUACGCCAGUUAUGUCACAGAACCUCAAUGGCCCACACAGACUACAUAUGCUAUUCCAUAG